CAUGGCUCAUGCAGCGCCAACAGUUUCAUCCACAAAGAAGACAACGAACUAUGCUCGCCUAUGUCGCUUGCUGGUUGAUGCUGGUACCCAGGCCCUUAGAGACACAUUCAAUGCCAUCCAUCCACCAGCGAAUCUUCAAUCAGUUUUGACAGCCAAUAAAGCAACUAUACAGUCGCUGAGAAAGAGAAAGGUUAUCAACGCAACGCAAUGGGGAAAGCUCUAUCCUGUUAUUCCAUCCUCAGUGUCUUCCAGAGACUUUGAUAUCACACUUUUAAUGGUUCUGCUUCGAAACCUGUGCGGCUUACCUUCUCCCGCGGCAGGCUGGGAUACACUUCCUGCUGCAACAGAUGUGAGUCUUGAAGCUGAUAUCGCCCGAGUCAAAUAUUACAGAAACUCUGUGUACGGUCAUGCUGAGUGUGCUUCAGUAGAUGAUGCGAUGUUCAACACAUGCUGGGGCGACAUCCGGGACACUCUAGUGAGACUGGGUGGAGCGAAAUACAAAGCAGCCAUUGACGAUCUUGAAACAGAGUGUAUGGACCCUGAAGUUGAAGAUCACUACAAAGAACUUCUCAGCCAAUGGAAGAAAGACGAAGGCAAUGUGAAAGAUAAACUAGAUGAGGUGAUCGAAAAGUUAGUUGAAUUGAAAACAUCAAGCAUGACUCAAAAAGAGAAACCUGAAAUUGAAGAAGGUAAACCACUUGUGUCGAAAGACCUGCAGAGCUCUUCCAAGUGUAAAAAGAGACAUAACGAAACCGAGCCACUCGAUUACUACUGCACGGACUGCAAAGUUUGCAUUUGCGACAAGUGUGGGAAAACUCGUCACACUCAUCACACUAAAGUGAGUAUCCAACAGGCCACUGAGGAAGAAAAACUGAAGAUAGCGGAGCUUGUGGAACAAGUUAAAAUACAAAUUACCGAGUUUGAGUCGAAAGUGGAAAGAAUGACAAGACUAUUUGCAAUAAGCAAAGAAAAAAUAUCUGCAGCUCGUAGUUUAGCGCAGACAACUGCUGAAGAACUCAUUCGCGCCUUAAAGGAGCACGAGAAGUGCGUUGUCAACGAGUUGGACGUCAUUGAAAAAAGACAAGAAAGAGAUUAUGCAACUCAACUAGAAAGCAUGCAAGCGUCUGUCAACGAAUUGAAAUGCUCUGUGGAAAAUUGCGAGGACAUCCUUCAAAGAGACGCCAGCUUUGAAACUCUACGCACACAAAUUAAUGACACUGAAAAAUGUAAAAGAGUUCUGAAAGAAACAAAAUUGGACAUUUACGAACCCUGUCAUGUACACUACCAAUUAUUUGAGGAGCACAUUCGAGUAAUGAAAGAUAGAUCUCCUGGCGAACUACUGGAUAGCAAUACAGAUCCUUCAAGGUCAUAUGUGAGAGAUAAUGACCUAAAACAACCUGAAGCUGGGCGAACAAAGGAUUUUGACAUCGUUACAAUUGAUUCAGAAGGAGAACAGUGCUAUCAUGAAAUCGAUGAAAUCAAAGUGACAGUUCGGAGUCCGACGGGAAUAGUCCUCGACAGCAAGACUGAUAGCUGGGUGCCACGUGGGACAUACAGGGUAAGGUACACACCAGCAUGUGAUGGAGAACAUGAAGUGACAGUUUUAGUGAAUAAUGAACCACUUUCUGGUAGUCCGUGGAGCGUAAGCGUGACGCCGCAUAAAUAUAGCUUCUUUCAUUACUUUGGAUCACCAGGUAAAGCACGCAAACAAUUCAAAGAACCCUGUGCUGUUGCAGUAGACAAAAACAAAAUGACGAUAGCAGUAGCUGAUCGAAAGGAACAAAGAGUGCAACUGUACGAUUUUUGUAAUUCUGAGCAUCUUACAGACCUCGGUGAGAAGGGGUCAGCGGCUAUAAGACUAACAAACCCCACCUCUGUCGCAUUCACCCAAUCUGGUGACGUCAUUGUCAUUGCCUCUGGUAUCAUGUUUUGCUUUGCUGUAAGUGGUAAUUUUCUUGGGUGUAUUAACAACAAAAAACUCAAGCGUCCGUUUUCAUUGAGUGUAACCAGCAAUGGCCGCCUCCUGGUGUGCGAUAGCGGUGACAAGUCAGUCAAGGUCCUCUCUCCUGAUGGGACAGAAUUGUUACAGUCCUUCAGUGCUCCAGACUGUGAUGGCUCCCCGUGGAAAGCUGUUUGUCACCAAGACAUGUUCUUCGUGUCUUACCCCGAAGCUCGUUGUGUUAAAACAUUUAAUAAGGACGGGGACUUUCUCUAUGAUAUUGGCAAAGAGGAUGCACGCGAAGGACACUUGAGUCAGCCUCGCGGACUCGCUGUUGACACCUUUAACAAUCUAGUGGUUUGUGACGAGAAAAAAAAGACGUUGAAUGUCUUCAAACUGAAUGGAACAUUUUUAAACACAGCCACUGAAAAUAAUGUCCUCAGCUGUCCUUCGUCUAUUGCUGCCCUCUCAGCUAAUGAAUCCCCAUGGCUUAUCAUUGCUGAUUCCAGGAAAAAAUGUGUCAUAAUGUUUGACUAACUGACAUAAUCAAUUUUUUAUUAGAAUUUGUAGUGUUCUGAUUGGUUCAUUCAGUCUUGUCUAUGAUUACCCUAUGAACUUUGAAUUGACGAUACAUGGUAAAUGACUUUACCGGGUUUCGUUGAGUUAAUUUUUCUUUCUUAAUGCGGAAAGAGAACAUUUCUAUAGAACGUAUUUGAGCAAGACUACAAGCGACGUAUUCGACUUGGUCUAUUGCUCCCGGCCGAAGCACUCGAUGGUUUGUCGUUGCUGAUCCCAGCAAAAAGGAGGAUACCCAGUCAUUGACCUUGAACAAAAUCUCCCUUUAAUUCCUUUUCAAACCCAGAUAAACCAUAAGCUGCCUUUAUUAUUUCUUUUUUAAAAUCUAAUAAGGUAACCGUUUAAAUUAAUCGAAGUGUGACAUAAACGCUUUGCUGUAAAGCUGGUUGAAGGAAUAGGUGUUUUCCAGACCCGUAGCUCGAUUAUGUGGAAGCCAUAUUUCUAUUAACUGUCGGAAAUAUUUUGUACUUAUUAGUCGAGAGCUAUGACUAUUGACAGUCUGUCAAUCAUAUUAUAAAACAAAAGGAAGUACCAAGAAUAUUAAGAAGCUGUUGAAAGUCAGUUUAAUUUUAUCAGCUCAAGUCAACGCCACGAUAAAGUACUCUUUUAGAAAGCUGGAAAUUUAAGAGAGGUUAGACGUUGAUCUUCUAAUCCGCACUACACUUUCUUGUUAUAAUGAUUUUAAAGAUAAAAAAUAAGACAGAAGUAUAUUCCGGUGUGUUACAUUUUCUAUUACGACGCAAUUUUUAAGUGCAGAUUUUCUGAAGUGAAGAUAAUUUGGUAAAAACCACAAUCUAAGAGAUACUUCUUGGCCACUUCAGUAUAUGUUGGGUAACAUGUACUCUACAUGAUAUAUUCUGGACCAAGACAAUUAACAAUAUUGAAGAAAAAAAAAGUUUAAUAGUCGAUAAAAACUGCUCCACAGUUGAAUUGAUUCCAACAGCUUUUACAACAGAGAAAUGAAUUAUCUUUUGAGAAAUAUACGGGUACAGAGAAAUAUACUGAGAUA